AUGAUGAUCGUGCAAGUGGAUAAAAAUCCGAAACAAGGUGAAAACAAUCGUAAAUUCCCGAAGCACACGCCAAAAUCUGUCGAAAAAAGCGACAGUUCCUCAUCAUCAGAGCCGAUUACUGGCAGCUCGACUGAAUCUGAUGGAGAUAAGAAUACUGACAUUAGGAAAUAUACGAAUUCAAGUGACAUAGAUUACCGCAAGCUCAUACCUGCCCAGUCUGUUUCCGUCCGCAAGUUGAAAAUUCGCGGAACUCGGAAAAACUCAGAAAAAUCCAAAAUGCUCGAAAAAUCGAAACAAUCUCCUCUUCCUUCUCGGACCUUCUCCAAUCCAAGAGCGUUAAGAAACAUUUCUUCAGAACAAGAAGAAAGUCAAAAUCAUCAACCCCGAAAGACUAUGCCGAAACUAUCAGCAAGCGAAGAAGGCGAAAUUCUCUCCGACAAUGCCCAGCCACGAAAAAUCAGUGUGGAUUCUGCCAAGAGUUCAAUUUCAGAAAGAAGAACGAUCAGUAGCACUAAUAGACCUAUCAGCGAAAAUUUGCCCAAAAACUACGAGAAGAAAGUUCAGUGUUCAAGCGAGAUUGUUGAAAUUUUGGACGAUGACGAUGAAGCGGAGAACGAAGAUGACGAUGAUCGAAAUUCACUGGAUGCGUUAGAGCAAGAUCUCAUUGAUCCUCUGGCAGAAAUCGACAACUUUGAAGAGCAUCCGUCGCCGGGAACGCCUUGCGAAGAUGAUACAGUUCAGAGGGUGUCUUCUGAGCCUAACAAUUUUCCAACGUCUGAUAGAAGAAACAGCUGCCCGGACGAACAGGGAGGAAGGAGGGAUUCUUCCGUUCUUGGCGAUCUUGUCCAAGUACCCGAAGUCUACUUUGAUAUUUUUCUUGAUCAAGUGAUUCUGGAUUUGACUCAAGACGUCUUUAAAUCUUCUAUCGAGCGGGAAUGCUGUUUGGUGGAAACUACGGCGAAUCUAUUUGACCAGUUGCUCGUUGAAAAUAUUGAACAAGUCGCUGUUGAAUCUACUGAGAAAGAAGUCAUUGAAAGAGCGACUAUGUCAAAGACAUAUUGUGGGAUGGUAGAAGACCUUGUGAAAGAACUACUCGAGGAGGAGAAGAAAUCGUUUGAGGAAGAUAAGAAACAUGAAGAUCUUCUCUAUCUCUUGGAAAACAUCGAAGCUCAUGAUGAUUGCUGCCUCGAAGGGACCCAAGGGAGCUCUGAGCAAUGCUCACGAUUUUGCGAAGCUCUUGAAUCUAUGGACGAAAGGUUGGAAAACACUUGGGUGAAGGAUCUUGCUGAUUUCGACGACAUAACUGUCAAAGGCAAAUCUCAAAUUUGCUUGAACGAAUUGUUUUCCCGCGACGACUUUGCUGAUCUCUCCCAUGAAAGAAUGAUCGAAAUCGAAUUUGACCAGGAAGAUUACGAGGUUGUCUACAAAUGGCCAAAUCUUGCGAGAAAACAGCGUUUCCAACAGAGAAAGAGCGCAAAAAGUCCUGCUAAAAUCCAGUUGGACGCGAUGAUUGCUGCGAAAAAGGAGUCCAAAAGCGGUAAAAACUCAAAUUCAGGAAGCAGGAAGAGAUCUCAGACGGUGUCAAAGUCGAUUUCACCAAAAUUUGAUGGAGAUUUGCCGAUUUAUGAUAAGGAAACAGAAGAUUGCUUCGCUUCACAAGAGAAGACGAAGGAAGUCAUCAGUCUUCUGAGCUCCGACGAAUCUGAAAAAGCGACGAAAUCAAGUUCAAAAAGUGAAAAUUUCCAAGUAGAAGAGAAACUCUACGAACCUAUCAUUUCAAGCAUCGUCUCUGACUUGGUAAAAGAAACUCUUGAGAAUGAAAAACGAAAGGAAAACGAGCUGGUAGAGCGAGUGACCGAAAAGUCAGUGCUCCGGAUCUUCCAACAAUUCUAUGGAAACGAACACGCUAUUCUUCAUAUAGCGCGAGAGAGCAUCGAUAUCAGAAUGCGCGAACUCGUCAAAGAUAUUCUUCAAAACGAAAAAGAGCGACUUGUUUUUUCGAAAAAGCUUGAAGAAGACUUCUUCACGCAUCUUGUCCAAAAAUUAGUUUCAGAGCUUUUUAUGGAAAUUUUGCCAAAAGAAAAGUCAAAGGCUUCAGUGGCGAUGGAUUCAUACAAAGAUCUGGUGGCGGAAGAAGUCAGAAAUCUGCUCAAUGCUCAAAAAGAAAAGAAGAUUUUAAAAGAAGAAGAAGAUCCAUCGUUGCGGCUUUCUGAAGAGGAUUCCGUCCUAAUCGAGAGAUGGUGGCACGAAGCCCAGCCGAAAAAAUUUUCAAUUUCCACGCUUCUUGGCAAAAGCCCAAGUAGUUCGGCUCAACCCGCAGCUGCGAAAAUUCAACCCGGAAUGACGGGCGCUGUGAUUCCACAAGAACAGAUGGCUGAUGUCUUCGACCCUCUUUCUGCACUUGGACUAGACUACAGCAACAAUAAGCGCAGGCAAAGUAUCAUGGAGGAGCUGAACGGGUUGAAAUACGCCGUUUGCGAUUCCAAAUCGCCCAAAGUCACCACUCCCGGGAAAGACAAGCUGGCCAACUCCAAGGGCACGCCCAAGGACUACAGAAGCAAUUUUCAAAAAGGCGCCUGCUCGUCAAAUUCUAAUUCGCCAAAAAGCGAGUUACUCGGCGUUUCUUCUGAUGCUACUGUCUCGAGUACUGCUAGUAGUUCCUCUUCGACAGUGAAACCCUCUUCAUCGUCGAAGGCUGUUUCCAGGAGAAGCUCUAGAAAGCUCCAGAGGCCAACUGAAAACGUUUUCGACGGAAUUCGCCGAACCCUAGGUGAAAGAAGACCGACUUUAACAUCCAUUCCUUCUAUUUGCGGAAGCAGGAAGGAUUUGACUAUCGAAGAUCCGCUUGAAUGCGUAGAUAAUUAUCGACUGGAUGCAAUUAUCGGAGAGGGAACGUUCGGACAAGUUUUCAGGGGCGAGUGCAAAUCAACUAAGUCUUUGGUCGCCCUCAAAAAGGUCCGAAUGGAUAGGGAAAAGGAAGGCUUCCCGAUUACAGCGAUACGAGAAGUGAAGCUUUUGUCCAAGCUAAAUCAUCGGAAUGUUGUUGACCUAAAGACUGUUGUUCAGGCAAAAGACCUGUCAUCCUUUUUUCUCGUCUUCGAAUUCGUUGAUAAUGAUUUGACGGGGAUCAUUGAGCACGCUCCGCUGAAAUCAGACCAGAUAAAGAAACUCUUCUAUCAAAUUCUUCUUGGGUUGGAAUAUUGUCACGCGAACGACGUAUUCCACCGCGAUUUGAAAUGCUCAAAUAUCUUGAUCGCAAAAGACGGAAGUGUCAAACUCGGAGAUUUCGGACUCGCGCGAAUUUGUCUACCAACAGAUUCACGGCCUUUUACCAAUAAAGUGAUAACACUUUGGUACAGGCCGCCUGAGCUUUUGGUCGGAGAUGACAGAUAUACUGGCAAAAUUGAUAUGUGGAGCGCUGGCUGCAUUUUGGGAGAGAUGUAUCAACGAAAACCGGUCUUCCAGGCUUCAACAGACGUCGCUCAACUUGAAGUCAUUUCAAAACUGUGCGGCAUUCCAGAUCCAGCCGCAUGGCCUGAAAUCAUCCACUACAAACACUUCAAAACUCUAGUCACUCCUCUCAUCACUCGUUUUCACCCAAAGCCAAGAAGGAAAAUUGCCGAGCAAUUCUGUGCCCUCCCACCUGAUGCGCUUGAAGUUCUCGACGGUCUUUUACGACUGAAUCCGAAAACCCGUUUGUCGGCUACAGAAGCGUUAAAAAAACCUUGGUUCCGCAAUCUUAGUGAAGAUACUCGAGCAGAUCUUGGAAGCCCAGAAAAUCUCCAUGAAAUGUCUGCUCGGCGAAAGAGGAAAGCAAAACGGCAGGCCAAACGAGCAGAUUCAUUCUCUGACAAAAUGACGAAAAUCAAGAGGCUUACCACUGCUUUCCCACAACUUACACUGAUGAUCCUUGCGGAAAAGGCAGGAAUCGAGUUGACCCACGAAGUCCGAGAAAAUCUCGGUUCUCAACGAUUGAGCCGCAUUUUUGGCUCUACCCUUCCGCAGCAGACGAUUGAGCCGAUCGCUGAUAUCGUUAUCCAACUUGCAUCCAAAAAUAUUUCAAUUCGCAAAACCGCGCGACUAUGA